AUGAUCAAGACUUACCUCCGAUGUGCUUUGAUCUGGGGGAUUCUUGUCCUAAAUCCUCCGCCUGCAACCGGAUCCUUUAGCGCCGCUCGUAUCACGACCUUGAUGAAUCUCAAAUAUAAUUGUGAUAUGCAUAACAGGCAGUAUAUGCACGGUGGACAGAAUGUAUCGUGGAAUUUUGCUCCUUAUAUGGCCUUACUUUAUCUGCCAGAUGACCUCAACGAGUGCCGAUGUGGUGGCAGUCUGGUGACCCGAAAUUUCAUCCUUACCGCUGCGCACUGCUUGGAGAUGUGUCCCAGAAAACAUGAGUUAAAGGUUUGCCUUGGAGCCAGCCAAAUUACAUCCCCGAGUAGCUGCAUGAAGAACUUUGGAAUCGAACAAAGAUUUGUGCACGAAGAAUUCAGCUGGAGCGAGCAGAUUAAUGACAUUGCACUGCUCAAACUCGACGGCUUGGUAGAUAACAGAGGACCAAUACUGCCUGUAUGUCUACCUGUAGAUAGCAGGAUGCAUUCCUUCACCUCGUUUCCAGGCCAACCAUAUUUUGCAUAUGGAUGGGGAACCACUGAGCUUGGUACUCACUCUAAAAGCCUUCAGGAGAUUAUGGUGAAUAACAGGCCGUGUGCCUACCACACCGACGGCAUGUUCUUUUGCACCACCAGCCGCAUCGUGGACUCGUGCCGGGGAGACUCCGGUGGUCCGGUGGUCUCGCAAAGCACCCAAUUCGGUAUCAUUUCCCACGGAAACUAUGCAUGCGGAAUGCAGGGCGGCGCCUUCAACACAAACGUAUCCCUCUUCAUGCCCUGGAUCAUGGACAAGUUGCAGAAUUACCCGGAUUACAACUACCGGGAUUUUAGCGAAAGUUAA